CUGUUAAAGAUUCGCCUUGAAGCGGAUUGGUUCAGUCAUCUGCUGCUGUGAAGCUGAUUGGACGGUCGUUUUCUUUCUGUGAUUUUGUGUGUCAGGUUAGCAGAGCCCAGCAGCUGAGAGCAUCAAUAGAAAUCAGCCACAUCAGGGCAGCAUCAGCACCGACUGUGGAGCCCCUCUGUACACGAAACUGAACACGUUACGACAAAGAUUCCUCCCUCCGCUCGGGUAAUUUUAGACAAAAGGACGCAUCUGCACAGCAAUGGGGGUUCCUAGUCGACAGGAGUUUUUUCAGGAGCUGCCCUCCGGCUGCCUGCUUCCUACUGCCCAACAGGGUCUGCAGCAAGUUUGGCAGUUAUUGCUCAUUUGCUUGGUGUGCAGACUGCUAUGGAGAAUUGACAGACUGCCCUCCUGCAUAAAGCAUUUGAGUACAAUUGCAGGUGGCUUUUACACACUGUACCUGUUCUUUGAGCUUCACAUGGUGUGGGUGGUGUUGCUCAGCCUUCUCUGCUACCUCAUCCUCUUCCUAUGCCGACACUCCAACAGCCGUGGCCCCUUCCUCUCAAUCACUGUACUUAUCUACCUAUUGCUAGGGGAGCUGCAUAUGAUGGACACCAACAGUUGGCAUAAAAUGAGAGGCUCGCAGAUGGUAGUAGCCAUGAAGGCGAUCUCUCUUGCCUUUGACUUGGACAAAGGCACUGUGGAGAGUGUACCUUCCCCAGUGGAGUUUAUGGGUUAUGUUUACUUUGUGGGGACGGUUAUAUUUGGGCCUUGGAUCAGCUUCAACAGCUACAGAGAAGCAGUAGAAAGCCGGAAACUUAGUAUCUCCUGGUUUAUGAAGGUGAUCUGCAGCUGGAUGAAGAGUCAACUCUGCUUGGUCGUCUCCAACUGUGUUGCUCCCUAUCUCUUCCCUUACUUUAUCCCAAUCAUGGGAGACAAACUACUUCGCAAUAAGAAGAGGCGAAAAUUCAGAGGCUCUAUUGCAAGGUGGUUGCUGGCCUAUGAAAACACAAUGUCGUUCCAUUUUAGUAACUACUUUGUGAGUUACUUCAGUGAAACCACCACUACACUGGCAGGUGCUGGCUUCACAGAAGAGAAGGAUCACCUUAAGUGGGAUCUUGCAGUAGCUAAACCACUAAAUGUAGAGUUUCCAAGGUCUAUGGUGGAGGUUGUAACUUCUUGGAAUCAGCCCAUGUCUCGCUGGCUCAAUACCUAUGUGUUCAGGAAGGCUCUGAAACUUGGUACAUUUCAGGCUAUCCUCCUCACCUAUACAGCCAGCACUUUGUUGCAUGGAUUAAGCUUCCACAUUGGAGCAGUGUUGGUAACCCUUGGCUUCAUGACAUAUAUUGAGCAUGUGUUGAGGAAAAGGUUGUCUACCAUCUUAAACGCGUGUGUCCUCUCAAAGAGAUGCCCACCAGACUGCAAACACCAAAACAAGAAGGCAUUUUGGGUGUACAUUAUUAAUGGAAGCUUUAGUGUGCUAGCAGUGAUCCACCUAACCUACCUGGGCUCAGUCUUCGGCUCCAGCACUGAUGAUAUAGACUCAGAUGAGGAUGUCCUAGGUGGUCACACUAUCCAUAAAUGGACAGAGUUGAGUUGGAUCAGUCACUGGGUGACCUUUGGCCUUUGGGUUGUGUAUCGCCUUAUAAUGUGAACACUGACACUUGAGCAGUCAGAGAAAUUGACUUGAGAAGAGGCAAAUAAUAAACAGGCUCAUCAUUUGGAUCUGCCAUGGUGGCAGUCCUAGGUCUACAUGACGUCACUGUGAAAUGUAAAUGCACUGGACCGGAGAAGAAAAUCCUUAACCAAUCCUGAGAAGACUUUGUCUACACUGCUUAUCAUCAGAGUUUUUUCAGUUAAAGCCCUGAGGAACAUGAGCACGGAAUACUCCAUAAGUUUCUCUUUCCUUUUUUAAGUACUACAAAAGAGCUCAACACAUUGUUAAAGCCAAAUCAAUCUUACAAGAGUAAUCAGCAGUUUGUGAACGGAGAAACCACCUUUAGUCUUUUUUUGUAAUAGAUAAAACCUACUUUGAAAUUUUAAUAAGUAAAUGUUACAUUGCUUCAAAGCUACUUAAAUGAAGACAGUGUAUUUUUAGUCUAAGGGUAGUGUCUUGUACAUUCUCUAUUACUAGUAUUGUCAUUCAAGAUUUUUUUACUGCAGCGAUGUGUUACAAAAUGAGUUUGAAGUAUUUUCACACAUCGGUUCUGGGUUAGUUAACCUUUUAAUAGCCACUGAUGAUGCUACACUACUAUUUAGCUGAAACCAGAAUCACCCCUCUUCUCACAGUAUUCCCCAGUCAUUCUGGAUAAACACUAAACAGUCCCAAAGCCUAGAGAUGGUUAAAUAAUCUGAAAGUUAGACUGACUUUGGUAUUUAGACAUCCAAAAGUUCUCAAAGCCAGUUUCUUUAUCAUAACAGCCAUAGUAUAAGCUAAAAUUAUAUAAUAAAUUCAAAAGUCUUAUAGAAUACUUUCUUCCUAGUAAUACAUACGGUGGCGGAGAAGUACAGAUUGUUUGUCUAGUAAGACUUUGCUACCCCAACAGGGCGGUCUCAAGCACAAAUGACAUACAUUUAACCACAGUACAUAAUCUUUAAUUCAAACGUGAUCAGCGCAUGCUGAUAUUUGCCUCUUUUACUGACCAACCUCCAGAAAAUCAUGUUUACCAUUGAAUUUAUUAUUUUUUAUCCUGCUCAUGAGCCUCAUGAACAUUUUCUUGAUGUGAAACUGCUCUGAUUUUGGACUGUUUACAGGGAGAUUAAAAAAUCCUAUUUGUGUCCAAUGCUGAGUGGCGAAAGAAUCCAAGGGAUUUGAUUAGUUAUUGAAAUGUUAUUCACUGUCAUGUUAUUGCAGAUCACUCUACCUUUUAUUCUAAUAUUUUAGUCCAAUACCCUGUGGCACAUAAAAAGGAUAGUAUUGAAAGCUAUAGAGAGCGAAAGGUAAUCAAUUCCCUUUAUUAUUUUUGUUUGUGUUUUUUGUAGGUGUAGUUCAGACAUUAUUGUUGUGACAAUUUAGAUUGUCUGGUUAAUUCAUAUUAAAAUGUGCCAAGCGGAGUAAUGAACUUAUUAAUAUUUCAUUAGUCCCCAGCCCAAGUGUUGUUUGUAAUUUUUUUCCAUCCUGAAAUUUUUAUUCACAAUUCAUCCAUCCAUUAUGUCAUGAGCAUUUUUAUCACCUCCUUUUGUUAAAGAAUAAUUAAUAAAAAGUUUGUACU